UUACGGUUUUGCCCCUGGACGAUCUUCUUCUCUUUGUAUAUUUAUCGCCCAUUUCAACUUCAAAGACCAUCAGAAAACAGAUACAACUUCUCAGUCAUGGCGGUUCUUCAUUGUACUUCUGCUCUGCUCCUCCUUUUUCUUUUACAGGCUAGCAUAGCAAACUCGGAACCAUUCAUCGGUGUAAAUUAUGGUCAAGUCGCGAGCAACCUUCCGCCUCCAUCAGCCACCGCAAAGCUGCUUCAGUCGACCUUGAUCGAAAAGGUCAGAUUGUACGGGUCAGACCCGGCUUUAAUCAAAGCCUUAGCCGGUACUGGAAUUGGAAUCACUAUCGGUGCAUCGAAUGCUGAUAUUCCAUCACUAGCCUCAGAUCCCAACUUCGCCAAGAACUGGGUCGACACCAACGUGGUUCCAUUUUAUCCAGCUAGUAAAAUCAUCCUUAUCACUGUUGGUAAUGAGGUGAUGAGCUCCGGCGACAAGAAUCUCAUGACGAAGCUCUUGCCGGCAAUACAAAAUGUCCAAAAUGCUCUGAAUGCAGCGUCUCUUGGGGGCAAGAUUAAGGUAUCUACAGUCCAUUCUAUGGCUGUGCUGAAGCAAUCAGAUCCACCAUCAACCGGAAGCUUCGAUCCCAGUUUCGGCGAUUUGAUGAAGGGUUUAUUGGGGUUUAACAAUGCCACGGGCUCACCUUUUGCAAUCAAUCCGUACCCAUACUUUGCUUACAAGAGCGAUCCGAGGACUGAAACUCUUGCUUUUUGUCUUUUCCAACCGAAUAUGGGGCGUGUUGAUGCGAACACGAAGAUCAAGUACAUGAACAUGUUUGACGCUCAGCUUGAUGCUGUUCAUUCUGCAUUGGGCUCUAUGGGAUUUAAGAAUGUGGAAAUUGUGGUGGCUGAGACUGGGUGGCCUUACAAGGGAGAUGACAAUGAAGUAGGGACAAGUAUUGAGGAUGCUAAGGCUUACAAUGGCAAUUUGAUUGCACACCUUCGAUCCAUGGUGGGCACCCCAUUAAUGCCAGGGAAAUCAGUAGAUACAUAUAUCUUUGCUCUGUAUGAUGAAGACUUGAAGCCUGGUCCUGGCUCUGAGCGAUCAUUUGGGCUUUUCAAGCCUGAUCUCACCAUGACUUACGAUGCCGGCCUCUCAAAGGGCCAGACUCCAUCUACGCCAAAAACUCCGGAGACUCCAAAACCGGUGACUCCAACACCAGUGUCUAACAAAGAAACAUGGUGUGUGCCAAAGGCUGGUGUUUCUGACGCACAAUUGCAGUCAAAUCUGGAUUACGCUUGUGGACGAGGGAUUGAUUGUAGUCCAAUCCAACCAGGUGGAGUUUGCUUUGAGCCAAAUACAGUAGCAUCGCAUGCUGCUUAUGCUAUGAAUCUUCUCUAUCAAAAUUCCGAUAGAAGUCCAGGAAACUGUGAUUUCUCGCAGACGGGUACCCUUUCAUCUAAGAAUCCCAGCUAUGAUGCUUGCAAUUAUCCUGGCGGAAGUGCCUGAAAACUUGAGAGGGAAGCUGCAAAUAGAUUGGUUGUGUGUAAAAAUAUAUGGAGGAUUCUCUUGCUUUUUCUUCUCCCUAUCAUUGUGUGAUGUUUGUGAAGAAAUUGUAAUAUAUUCCUUAUCAAUGUAUAUUCGAAUUGAUAAUGUACAAGAUUAAUCAGAAAUCUUUGUGAGUUUCAUUGAUGAA